AACGCGCCUGGCCUGCGUUUGCCCGCGGGAGCCCGAUGGACUAGGCGCACAUCCGGAGCGGUGCGGAGAAGGUAUUUGGGUGGAAAAAAGAGAAGCGAUUCAUCCGUGGUGCCAUGAGAGUUGAUCAGUACUGUGAUCAAGGGCAGACAUCUGCAAACCCGAGCCGAAUCCUGAUUAACCAGCUGCGAGAGAUCACAGGCAUCCAUGACCUUCCGGUGCUGCAGGCCGCCCUGAAGGCCAGCCAAGGAGACAUGAGCCAGGCCAUCUCACUGCUGACCGCCCAAGUGCCUGAGGAAGAGGCCGCGGAUGGGGAAGGGGGGGCCUGGGCCGCACAGACAAAUGUUGCCAUGUCGACGGACAGGCCGAAAGAUGACCUUCAGACCGCCAUAGAGCUCAGUCUGCAGGAGUCCCAGAAGAGCGAGGCAGAGGAGAGGGAGCUGAGCAGAGCCCUGGAGGUCAGCGCGGAGGAGAGUGCGGCGCGUGCCAAGAGGAAGCGGAGCGAAACCCCGGGCGAGAGUGCCAGCCCAGCUGACUGGAUCCGGCAGGACGACUGGCCUGUGGGCGUGCGCAACGUGGGCAACACCUGCUGGUUCAGUGCUGUCAUACAGUCCUUAUUCCAUCUGCCGGUGUUCCGUAGACUGGUGCUCAACUACAGCCUGACUGAGAAGGUUCUGGAAAAGUGCAAAAGCCCCUCGGACAAAAGGAAUGUAGCCUUCAUGCAGGAGCUGCGUUGCCUAUUCGCCCUGAUGGUGGGCUCCAAGCGCAGGUUUGUGGACCCUUCAGCAGCCGUGGAGCUCCUCAGAGAUGCCUUCCGCACCAGCGAAGCUCAACAGGAUGUCAGUGAGUUCACCCACAAGCUAUUGGACUGGCUUGAGGAUGCUUUUCAGUUGGCUUCUAACGCAAAUAAUCCUGAAGAUAAACAAGAAAACCCAAUGGUUCAGCUUUUUUACGGUACUUUUCUGGCAGAGAGAACUUGUGAAGGAAAGACGGUGUCUAACAUAGAGCAGUUUGGACAGUAUCCUUUGCAAGUUAAUGGAUUUAACAACUUGGAUGAGUGUCUGGAAGGCGCUAUGGUAGAGGGGGAGAUUGAGUCUCUGCACUCCGAUCGUACCACUCCUUCUGGCCGAGAGCGAUGGUUCUCUAAGUUGCCACCGGUGCUGACCUUUGAACUGUCCAGGUUUGAGUUCAACCAGUCCUUAGGGAGGCCAGAGAAAAUACAUAAGAAAUUGGAGUUCCCUCAGGUGAUAUAUAUGGACAGGUAUCUCCACAAGAACAUUGACCUGACGCAGGGCAGAAGGGAGGCAGUCAGGAGGAUGAAGGAACAGCUGACAGUCCUGCAGCAGAAACUAGAGAGUUAUAAACACUACGGCUCAGGUCCGGCUAGGUACCCUUUGGCGGACAUGCUGCAAUACGUGCUGGAGUUUGCAACCACCAAACCCACCAGUGUGUCCCCAGUAGAGGAUGUGAGAACCCCACUAAAGGCUUCGACAGGCACCCAAGCCGUGCACCCAGAUCCCAACCAUGGGGAGUCCAGCCAAUCAGAAUUGGACGACACAGGCCCGUCAGACAGUUCAGGCAGUCAGGUGACCACAGCUCAGAGGACACCCAUAUACAAACCCUUCACCCAGUGCAGACCCCCCAUGGACUCUCCCCAACAUCCUGCGCCCCACAGCAUAUCUGAGGAGGAGCUACAUUAUGUCAAGAGCUGCCUGCAACGCUGGAGGAUUGAGGUGGAGAACAACAUCAACGAGCUAAAGAGCAGCAUCGAAAAGAUCAGCCAGUUGCUGGAGGCCAUGUACUCGGACAACAGGCUGUGCCAGGUACCGUACCGGCUCCAUGCUGUGCUGGUCCAUGAGGGACAGGCUACAGCGGGCCACUACUGGGCGUAUGUCUUCGACCAAUCCCGCAAGAGCUGGCUCAAGUGCAACGACGUCUUGGUGACAGAGUCGUCUUGGGAGGAGCUGGAGCGCGACUCUUACGGCGGCUUGACCAACGCCAGCGCCUACUGCCUCAUGUACAUCGACGACACGCUUCCCCAUCUCAUCGCAGAGGACACCGACAGCGAGACGGGCCAGGUCCUUCAGGGGAUGGACGCCCUGCCACCGAUCCUCAGGCGCUACGUGCAGGAGGACAACCGCUGGUUCCAGCAGGAGCUGCGGGAGUGGGAGGAGCAACUGGGCAGGGAGCAGCGGGAGGCGCCCGCCGGGCCCGAACCCAGCCCCGAGGAAGCGCAGGGGUGUGUGACGAAGGUGGUCAAACAUGAGGAACCAGAGCCCACCCUCAGUCAACCGCCGCUGCUCCCGACAGAACACGUCACCGUCGACCCGGAGCAAUCAGAUCAGCCUGGGGCCGGUACAGAAGACUGUGGCCAAGAUAACGAGGAAGAAAGUCAUCGGUUUCAGGAUGCUGAGGCAGUGGCGGAGGACGAGGCAGAAGCAGCAGGAGAGAAUGAGGUUGAAGCAGAAGCAAAGACAGGAGGAGAGGCCGAGGCAGAGAGCGAGGGGGCGGGAGAGGCCCAGGCGGAGGGUGGGGUUGAGCCAGAGCCUCAGGCCUCGCCUGAGAAGGAAGCCCCCCCAGCAGAGAGCCAGCCUCCUGAGAACCAGGUGUUCGAGGUGGAGAUUCCCAGCGUGGGGAAGAUCCUCGUGCGCUCUGACGCGGACGGCUAUAAUGAAGAGAUGAUGCUCACACCAGCCAUGCAGGGAAUCAUUAUGGCCAUCGGCAAAGCCAGGCAGGUGUUCGAUAAGGAUGGACCAGAGGCUGGUCUCAUCAAGGCCUUCCAUGAGGAGUACUCCCGACUCUAUCAGCUGUCCCAGGAGGCGACCACCCCCCAGAGCGACCCCCGUCUACAGCAUGUGCUGGUGUACUUCUUCCAGAACCAAACCCCCAACCGGGUCAUUGAGCGCACGCUACUCGAGCAAUUUGCCGACCGGAACCUGCGCUACGAUGAAAGGUCCAUCAGUAUUAUGAAAGAGGCUCGAAGCAAACUACGUCUUAUCAAACCCGAAGAUAUGGACAUGGAUGAGUAUAUGAAAUGGCACGACGACUACAGCACAUUCCUGAAUGUGUUCCUGCACCUUCUGACGGGGUUGGAGCAGUACCAGAAUGGCAAGAUCAGGGAAGCGCUGAACUGCCUGGCCUACGCCUUCCGGAGCAACGCGGAUUUGCUGAAGGAAGGCGUGAGGAAGGGCGUCGACCCAUCGCUCAUCACGCUGUACAGGAGGAAGUGCCUAACAGAGCUGAACGACAAUGCGAUUAAGCUGUUCGCUAGCGGUGAUGAGAUGGGCGUGUCCGAGGGCGUGGCUAUCAUGAAUGACGCCGUCAUCCCCUGCAUGCACCUGAUGACCCGCGACGAUGUCAGCCAGGAGGACCUGGAUGUCAUCGAAAUGAUGAGGACCCGUUGGUGCUCCUACUUGGGACAGGAUAUGGAUGCUCCCCUGCAGGAGAAGCUGGGCGAGUUCCUGCCCAGGAUGCUUGACUGCUCGGUGGACCGGGUGGUGCUGACGGAGCUGCCCCAGGUGCGGCCCGGUGUGCCGCACGACCUGUGCAGCCGGCUGGCCGCUGUCAUGGAAUCCAUUCACGGAACCUCGGUGGUGACCGUGACGUAAACACGCGUGCAUGACAUGUCUCCCAGGCCAACGGGGGACGACCCCAGCGCCUCCAGUCUAUUCUACCAUCAGGCUUUCAUUCAGCGGCACUUUCACUGACUCAUGGAAAGACGCAUAUUACACCAAUUAAACUGCCAUAGAGUCCUGCAAGGUCCCACACUGAGAUGGGCUGGAGGAGGUGAGGAUGCCCACCCGGGACACCGAGCAGGGUGACAUCAUCAGGUGGAGCCCUGUAAGCAGAACAUAGAUCCUGGAUUGUCACUGAGAGUAUUAUUUUGUGCACUGUUUUGUAUUCCGAUGCAUUUUUUAUUUCUUAGCCUUUUAUCCGGCCUAAAUCAAGGUUAAAACUUCAGACCAAGGUUAUAAUUACCUCCCUCUAUUGGAGAAUUAAAGAGCAUAGGGUCUUGAAAACCUACAACAUCAUGGUUUUGAGCUAUUCUGAGAAUCUUAUGUAUAUGGAGAUGAAUUUGUUUCUGUAGAUUUGUUCCAUUUUGGCUGAAAAUGGAUCCCACACACGAUCUUCAGUAAAAAUGUCACCCAUUUCCUGUGA